UCUUUCUGUUUUCAGUCUGUAUGAUUGCAGUAUUACAGAGAAACAGUGUCUCAUCCUGACUUCAGCUCUGAAAUCAAACCCAUCACACCUGAGAGAACUGGACCUGAGUGAGAAUAAACUAGGAGACUCUGGAGUGAAAAACCUCAGUGAUCUACUGAUGAACACACAAUUCAAGCUGGAGAAACUAGAGUUAAGCUGGUGUGAAAUGACAGAUGAAGGUUGUUCUGCUGUGACUUCAGCUCUGAAAUCAAACCCAUCACACCUGAGAGAACUGAACCUGAGCAGGAAUAAACUAGGAGACUCUGGAGUGAAAAACCUCAGUGAUCUACUGAUGAACACACAAUUCAAGCUGGAGAAACUAGAUCUGUGUGAUUGCAGUAUUACAGAGAAACAGUGUCUCAUCCUGACUUCAGCUCUGAAAUCAAACCCAUCACACCUGAGAGAACUGAACCUGAGCAGGAAUCAAAUAAAAAACACAGGAGUGAAUCACUUAUGUGACGUACUGAAGGAUUCACACUGUAAACUGGAGAGAUUGAGUCUUUAUGACUGUGGAAUUACAGAUGUUUCUUCUUUAACUCAGUCUUUGACAAACACAAAAGCACUGCAGUUUCUAAAAGAGCUUGAUCUGAGUUUUAAUAUGAUUGGAGACUCAAAGCAGCAGCUCAUUGAUGUGCUACGAGACUCAAACUGUAAACUGAGGUGAGUAAACUUCACUUUCUGAUAUUAAAGAGAUUCAUUUACCUCUAAUAUGUGAACAAAUAUAUACUUUCAAAUAUUUGUGAAAAGUUUAUCAAAUUAUCAUCAAGCUUUAUUUCAAAGGGUUUGUGUCAGAAUGAAAUGUAAAGUUGAUAAAAAUGUUGAACACAAAGGAGGAAAGAGAACAAAAGCACACUGUCAGAGCUUUAUACAACAACACCUGCUUUAUUAAUGACAUCAGUAAUAGUGAAUCAUUACAGUUUGAAAUAGAUUUGGUCAGAUUGUAGGAAAACGCUGGUAAAAUCAGUGCAGAUUCCAGCUUCAGCUCACAGCCGUCCAGCAUCACAUGAUCAAUGUCUCUGUCUCUUGUGUUUUUACUUUGACAAGCAACACGUCACAUUACUUAUGUAAGGUUUAAUCAGGGUGUGAUUUGUCGGGGUGAAUUCCUCCCUGGUAGAACUGCAACAGCUCAACGGUGUAAACCUGGGAAACAUGCUUCAUUCUGACAAGGCUUGUCGUAAU